UGUGGGAUGUCGGUUUAUGGAGAAGUCAAGAUGGCUGUGAACCUCAGGCAGAGCAAAGAGCCUGCUGUACGAAGGCCGUUAAUGAAGUUUUGAAUAAAAUAUCCCGUUUAGACUUAAACCAACGUGCUAUUGAAGGUGUAACCAUCUCGUGGAGGACUUGAUACAAACACAGACAGCAACAGGAUAAGAAACAACUGAGGAUAAAGUGUCGUAUGAAUUCCGACGAGAAGGAGGACUGUGAGUGUGCGCCACUACAGGCCGAGACUAGCCUCGCAGAAGGAACACAUAGAGAAUACGAGGAGCCUGAAAUAGAAAACCCAGAAGCAAGCCGAAUGAAGCGAGCAGCUGCCAAACAUCUAAUAGAGCGCUACUACCACCAGUUAACCGAGGGCUGUGGGAAUGAGUCGUGCUCCAACUCAUGGUGUGCCUCAUCAGUCGGUUUCAACCGCAUGGAUAACAACGCAGCGGCCGUCAAAGCGCUGGAGCUCUACAAGGUCAACGCGAAGCUAUGUGACACCCACCCCUCAAAGAAAGUCACUGCCUCAGCCCACCUGGAGAGUAGCGCUCACAGCAACUCAGCCUGCAGCAACAGCCAGUUGAACCAUAAAGAUUCCCACUCUGUCCGGGACAAUUUCAAAGAUGUGAAUUACCUGACAGAAGAGAAAGUGUACGAGAUUUUGGACCUCUGUGGAGAGCAGGAAGAUUACUCGCCUCUGAUCCGGGUAAUAGGCCGGGUGUUCUCCAGUGCUGAGGGCCUGGUGCAGAGCUUCCGGAGAUCCAAACCUCACACCAAGGAGGAGCUCAAGUCCCUUCAAGGUAAGGAUGAGGACAAGGAUGAGGAUGAGAAGGAGGCCGCAGCCUGCUCUGCUACAGCUAUGGAGGAAGACUCCCCUGCCUCCUCUUCAUCAGCCAGGCUCGGCGAGGGCUCCUCAGGGGAAAACGAAGUCCAAAGGCUGUCCCCUGACGAGCUGUCGGUGGACAUUGACGCUGUGCGGCGGGUUUACGAGCGGCUGCUUUCCAAUGAGAAGAUAGAAGCCGCCUUCCUGAAUGCGCUGGUUUACCUCUCACCCAACGUAGAGUGCGACCUGACGUACCACAACGUGUACUCACGAGACCAAAACUACCUGAACCUGUUUGUUAUAGUGAUGGAGAACAGCAACCUCCACAGCCCGGAGUACCUGGAGAUCGCCCUGCCACAGUUCUGCAAGGCGAUGAGUAAACUCCCCCUGCCAGCCCAGGCCAAGCUGGCAGGCUUGUGGUCGCACUACAGCGCAGAGCAGAUCCGACGCAUGGUGGAGACCUUCCAGCAGCUCAUCACCUACAAGGUGAUCAGUAACGAGUUCAACAGCCGCAACCUGGUCAACGACGACGACGCAGUGGUGGCAUCCACCAAGUGCUUGAAGAUUGUCUACUAUGCAAACGUGCUCGGCGGCGACCUGGACAUGGAGCACAACGAGGACGAGGACGAGGAGCCCAUCCCAGAGUCCAGCGAGCUCACUCUGCAGGAGCUGCUGGGGGAGGAGCGGCGGAACAAGAAGGGCCCCCGGGUGGACCCCCUGGAGACAGAGCUGGGGAUCCGCACCAACGACUGUCGGAAGCCGCUCAUUUCCUUCGAGGAGUUUGUCAACGAGCCUCUGAACGAGGUGCUGGAGAUGGACAAGGACUACACUUUCUUUAAGGUUGAAACUGAAAAUAAGUUCUCCUUUAUGACAUGCCCUUUCAUUCUGAAUGCCGUCACAAAGAACCUGGGUCUGUAUUACGACAACCGCAUCCGCAUGUACAGCGAGCGGCGCAUCACUGUGCUCUACAGCCUGGUCCAGGGUCAGCAGCUCAACCCCUAUCUGAGGCUCAAAGUGCGCCGAGACCACAUCAUCGACGACGCGCUGGUCAGGCUGGAAAUGAUAGCAAUGGAGAAUCCUGCAGACUUGAAGAAGCAGCUGUACGUGGAGUUUGAAGGAGAGCAAGGUGUCGAUGAAGGGGGGGUCUCCAAAGAGUUCUUCCAGCUGGUGGUGGAGGAGAUCUUCAACCCAGAUAUCGGCAUGUUCAGAUACGACGAGCACACCAAAAUGUUUUGGUUCAACCCGUCAUCAUAUGAAAAUGAGGGCCAGUACACUCUGAUUGGAAUCGUUCUGGGCCUGGCCAUCUACAACAACUGUAUUCUGGAUGUCCACUUUCCUAUGGUGGUCUACAGGAAGCUGAUGGGAAAGAAAGGAACCUUCAGAGACCUGGCUGUCGCAAACCCGGUUCUGCACCAGAGUCUGAAGGAGCUGAUGGAGUACGAGGGCAGCGUGGAGGAGGACAUGAUGAUCACUUUCCAGAUUUCCCACACGGACCUGUUUGGGAACCCGCUCAUGCAUGAUUUAAGGGAAAAUGGGGACAAGAUUCCAGUCACCAAUGAAAACAGAAAGGAAUUUGUGGCUCAGUAUGCAGAGUACAUGCUGAACAAAAGCGUGGAGAAGCAGUUCAAAGCGUUCAGGAGAGGCUUCCACAUGGUCACCAACGAGUCCCCGCUCAAAUACCUGUUCAGACCGGAGGAGAUCGAGCUCCUCAUCUGUGGAAGCAGGAACCUGGACUUCCUAGCACUUGAAGAAACAACGGAGUACGAUGGCGGUUACAACAGAGAUUCUCGAAUCAUCAAGGAGUUCUGGGAGACGUUGCACUCGUUUGGGGAGGAGCAGAAGCGCUUCUUCCUGCAGUUCACCACAGGCACUGACAGAGCACCUGUGGGGGGGCUGGGCAAACUGAAGAUGAUCAUCGCCAAGAACGGCCCCGACACGGACAGGUUACCGACGUCUCACACUUGCUUUAACGUGCUGCUGCUGCCGGAGUACAGCUGCAGGGAGAAGCUGAAGGAGAGGCUGCUGAAAGCCAUCACCUAUGCCAAAGGGUUUGGCAUGCUCUGAGCCCCCCCCCAUACCCCAUCC